AUGCCUCACUCAUUUGGUCUUCGUGCUCGUACCCGCCACAUGUUCUCUCGUAACUUCAGAGAACAUGGUGUUAUUCCUCUCUCCACUUACUUGAAGACCUAUAAGGUCGGUGACAUUGUUGAUAUCAAGGCCAAUGCUGCUGUCCAAAAGGGUAUGCCUCACAAGUUCUACCAUGGCCGUACUGGUGUUGUUUACAACGUCACCAAGUCUGCUGUUGGUGUCAUUGUUCACAAGAGAGUUGGUAACCGUUAUAUGGAAAAGCGUGUUAAUGUUCGUGUUGAACAUGUUAAGCACUCCAAGUGUCGUCAAGAAUUCUUGGAUCGUGUUGCUGCUAACGCUCAAAAGAAGAAGGAAGCUAAGGCUGCUGGUGUUUCUUUUAACCUUAAGAGAAUCCCUGCUCAACCUCGUGAAGCUCGUCAUGUCUCUACCAAGGGUAAUGUUCCCCAAACUAUUGCCCCCAUUGCUUAUGAGACUCUAAUUUAA